CUGCGUCCACACUUUUCCACUCGUUUUGGUUUCGCUGUUCGUAUUACUUUUUUUCGACGUUCACUACUCACGCGUUUUGUUUUUUUGCGCGAUUAAUUAAUGGCAGGAUGCGAGCAGGGAAGACGAGUGCGAAAAAUUAAAUAACGAGAAACGAAAACAUCAGCGCCGAGCAAGUGUGCGUGCCAGUGCGUACAUGUGUGAGUGGCUCUGUCUGUGUGGGCGUUUAUAAAUAAAACGCUGCGAAGCUGUGUGCGAAAAGCAGACGCGGAUGAAGAAGUAAAAGAAUGAGCGCGACCAAAAAUUAAAAACAAGAGCGAAGGAAAGAAAGAAAGUGUUUUCUAAAAUCGUUUAAAAGUUUUAAAGUUACAAAAACAACCCAGAGGCGAAAGUGCAACGGAGCGAAAGGGAAAGAGAGAGAGAGAGAGCGAUAAAUAGCGAGCUAUCCUAUCCGAAACCGAUCUGAUUUAUCAACCUGUUAAGCGAAGUGGAGCCAAGAACCGAGUGCUUAAAUGGAUGCAACAUCAAUAAUCACGCAAGUUUCCCGCGACGACGAGCAACUGAACGUCUAUCCCAGCUAUCCCAAUGACAAAGACGAUGUGGAUCGCCUAAAGCCACAGAAGCGAGGAUUAUUCCAAUCUCUGCUUUGCUGCUGGCGACGAAAUCGAACGAAAACCAACCAGAAUGGCACACAAAUCGAUGGUUCAACAACACCGCCACCGUUACCGGACCAACAAAGGUACCUACUACCUCAGGUUAGGCUUACCGAUAUGCACAGAAAGUGCAUGGUCAUUGAUUUGGAUGAGACCCUAGUGCACAGUAGUUUUAAGCCCAUACCGAAUGCUGAUUUCAUAGUUCCAGUGGAGAUCGAUGGAACCGUACAUCAGGUGUACGUUCUGAAGCGACCGCACGUAGACGAGUUUCUGCAGAAGAUGGGUGAACUGUACGAGUGCGUUUUGUUUACAGCAUCACUAGCCAAAUAUGCAGAUCCCGUUGCCGAUCUGUUAGACAAAUGGAACGUGUUUCGUGCAAGACUGUUUAGGGAAUCGUGCGUUUAUUACAGGGGUAAUUACAUUAAGGAUCUGAAUCGUCUGGGGCGGGAUCUUCAGAAGAUUGUCAUUGUCGACAAUUCUCCAGCCAGUUAUAUCUUUCAUCCAGACAAUGCAGUUCCUGUAAAGUCCUGGUUCGACGAUGUGACCGACUGCGAACUGCGCGAACUGAUCCCGCUCUUUGAGAAGCUCAGCAAAGUUGAUUCCGUCUACUCGGUGCUCUGCAAUUCGAACCAGCCGCUGAACAAUCAGACCAACCAGCAGCAUCCCCAGGAGCUGCAGCAGGCGCCGAACCAGCUGCAUCAGCAGCACCAACAGCAGCAGCAACAGACCAUCUCUGCCACGACAGUUAUUACCCAGGCAACCACUCUGUCUGCUCCGACCAUGUUGAACCAGCAGCAACCCAGUCCGACCAGCCCACAAAGCGAGCUGCUGCAAAAGACGUAACAUCAGUGGGAACUAAUGUUUAUAAAUAUAUGAUAAAUUGUAUACAUAUUACAAGACCAAGCAAGCCGAUAAGCAAGCAAACAAACACGCCCCUUUCCCAAGCUCUUCGCUCAUUGACCCAGGACGAAAGAAAACGGGGAGACGAGGUGAAACCAACUACCAUUUGCUAUAUACUAUAACCCCGCUCGACACCUAGACUAAGCAUAAGUUUUAUAUGAUAUACAUAAUUUUUACAGAACCCUAUUUACACGGCACAUUUGUUAUUUAUUCUUGUUUUGCUCUACCAAUUAUAACUAUUAUUAUUUUUUGUGUUUUUUUUAAACAACUGCUAAUUGCUUAUUGCGUUUUGCGGUACCCCGUCUAAGGGGUACAAUAAACCCAAACAUAAGCCUCUAUUUUUACCCAAUAAUCAUAACUCUGUAAGCAUAUUUAAUGGUAAACCAACUGAGCAAGCAAAAGAUUUAAAUGCAUAAAAAAUGAUAACUAUACAUAUGAGCAGAGAGAUAAAAUCAAAUUCAAAAUAGCUAUAUUUAUAUAUAUUUUUUAUUAAAAAAGAAAACAAAACAAAAAUAAAUAGGGGUAAAAUGAGGAGAUGAGAAAACAGAAAGGAAAACUUAAAACAAAAUAUAUAAUAUGUGUACUAAAAGAAAUUUAUAUAUACAUACACGGAUAUAUAUUUAAGGCGUGUCUACACAUGUUUAUAGCACUAAGGCAUGUAUAAUAUUUCGUAUAUUUAUUAAAGAAAUAAGUUUAAACGCGGUCUCCCACUCACGCUUGAUUGUUGGCACUGGCAAAUGUCAAAGUUGGUAUAUCGGGUUUAUUGCGGGGAUGGGGAUGGCUUCGUCUUAUCACAUUCUGGUUUCCUGAAAUGUCUGUCAAUCGUGAGUGGUUGGGCCGCAUUUAAACGAGUUUAGGUUGCAUUGCAAGAGGGUGAAAAUGGGCUAUCUGUAAGCCACAUUGUAAAGCAUCUAAAAGUCUGCGGCGCGUCCGUAGUUAAUAUAUAAAGAACAGCUGAGACUGCGCUUGUCCGUGGCCCAAAGACGCGAAUUUCCAUUCAAUCCCAAACUGUACUCACAUUCAAUCCGAUCUGGUAUUAAGAUUGUCCCACAGUCCUAGCGCAAAUUCAAAUUCUCGUCUUUGAGACCCUGCCAAGCGCAGUUGAGAAACAUUGUACUAGGCUUAAAUGAAAAUUAUACAUCUAUAUAUUUUAACCAACUUAUGUUAAUUUCCCUUCUUAUCAAGUGCGCUUAUGAAACGCAUUGCAAUAUAUAUUUACGACUACUUUAACACUUCUUUGACUUGUACUUCAUCUUCGGCCGCGUUCUGUAUUCUGUGUUAGCAUGUGAAAGCCGGCAACCGAUUGUAAACGAUAAAACACCUAUAGCUUCUUUCAACUCCGACCAAAUAUCAAUCAUUAUAUAGUAUAUGUAUUGAGCUCAAGCUGGCCACGCCGAAAUCCCACCUGAUAAAUAUAUUAUAUAGACAAAAGACGCUAUUGCUAUCCAAACCACACGACACGCUCACAGACCAGUCCAGAUCUUCUUUCAAUCCUUUACUCUAUAUGUAAUGUCUAUGUCUUGUAUUCCUCAACUAACUUUUGCAACAAUUCUUUUACUUAGAGCAUAAGCCUUUGUGUUUUUAAUUUGCUUUAACUAAAAAGCGUAAUAUUGAAGGAAACAAAAAUUGGCACGUUGCAAACGCGCGAUAUUCUCAUAUUUUUUGCAAUCAAGCAAGUAAAUUAAACAUAAUGCUAAAUAAUAUAUGUAUUGUAUAUCAUUUACACCCGCUGCAAAGGUCUAACGGAAAAGGAUCGCAACUAAUCACGAAAAUAAUAUGAAAAGCGUGUUUUAAUUGCGUACAUUUAAAUGUUUUACUUUUAAUAAAAGCAAAACUAAAAAAUAAACCAUUCAACUUAAUUUAUCAUAAAAGGGAAGAAAUUCUAUUUUUAAAGUGAGCCUAUAAAUGUAAUGCAUCAAUGUCGACAAAAAAAAUAAUUAAAAAACAAAAAAAUGAAAUUUCAAAAUCUACAAAUAUUAUGUCAUCAAACAAUAAAAACAAAUUAAAACCCA